GUUAUUUCUUUCUCCUUGUUGUCUUAUUUAUUUUCCUCUCUCCUUGUGUUUGAUUUGUCAUUCUACGUUUGAUUGAAGAAGAGAAUUUAAAGCAGAGGAUCUUGGAGGGAGGGAAUUCAUUUCAGAAAAAAGGGGUAGUGGUAAUAGUUUUUAUCUGUUUACUUUGUGUGUGUGUAUGUGUAUGAAGAGAGAGAGAGAGAGAUUUCUUUGCGUUUUGUUUCGUCACCAUCGUGGGAUGCACGUGGAAGCUGCAGUUUCAUCUUUCAAAUUGUAGUCUUUCUGAGAAGAAUGGCACUUUCUGGUGGUCCUAAAGAUGGAGCAGAGCUGAGAAUUCACGACAGUGUUGAUGAGCUUGCCACUGAUUUGGCAGACUACAUUGCUGAGUUGUCAGAGGUUUCAGUAAAAGAAAGGGGAUUCUUUGCCAUUGCCAUAUCUGGCGGUUCUCUCAUUAGCUUGAUGGGAAAGAUAUGUGAAGCUCCAUAUAACAAGACUGUGGAUUGGGCCAAAUGGUACAUAUUUUGGGUUGAUGAGCGUGUUGUGGCAAAGAACCAUGCGGAUAGUAACUAUAAACUAGCGAAGGAUGGGCUUUUGUCCAAGGUUCCUGUUGUUCCUGGCCAUGUUUACUCUAUCAAUGAUUCCAUGUCAGCAGAGGAGGCUGCUAAUGAGUAUGAGUUUGUCCUCCGGCAGCUGGUUAAGACCCGCACGGUCGGUGUGUCCGAGAGCAGUGACUGUCCGAAGUUUGAUCUAAUCCUCCUUGGUAUGGGCCCAGACGGGCACAUAGCCUCACUCUUCCCAAACCACACAGCGCUUGAUGAGAAAGAUGAAUGGGUGACUUUUAUCACUGAUUCCCCCAAGCCCCCACCUGAAAGGAUUACCUUUACUUUGCCAGUUAUCAAUUCGGCAUCCAAUGUGGCUGUGGUGGUGACAGGUGGAAACAAAGCAGAUGCUGUACAUUUGGCUAUAGAUGAUGUGGGACCUGACCAUCCACUGCUGCCUGCCCGGAUGGUAUGCCCAACUAAUGGGAAGUUAGUGUGGUUCUUAGACAGGCCAGCUGCCUCCAAACUUGAGGCUUCUGAGUUUGCAGAGUAGAGGUCGACUUUGCUUUUUGUUUAGUUUAUGUGUGUAUGUUGCAGAGGAAUUUGACAGUAGUUGCCUUUUUCUUCUCUAUUUCUCCUCCCUGCUUUCCUUUGCCUUUCGUCUUUGAGGGUGGGGGAAGUGUGAUUGUCUUUUCUGUACUUAGAGGUUAAUAAGUGGGUUUCAGAACGGAGGUCCUCUGUGGUUGUGGGUCAUUUUCAGAAAGGAAGUGAUGAUAGAAGUUCAGUCUUGUAGGGAACCCUGUUGGUUGAGGAGGGAGAAUUUAGUUCUUUGUGCAUAUUUAGUGGAAAUCAGUUCUCGUGAAAUUAAUACUAAAUUUUUCCUUGUUGAUGCAUUA